AACUUUUUUAGAAAUCUCAGCAAAAUAUCUAAUUUUUUAUGCUUCAGCUAUAGAGCUAAUUCACAUAAACACAUGUACUACCAAGGUGAACACCGGCCCGAGUGCAAUGCCCAGAAAUCGAAGGCCGAAUUCAAGAGCAGUUCACGCUUUCCAAAGUAUUUGCAUGCUUGAAAGAGCAGAGCCAACACGUAUACCAAAAACACAGAAAUAUUUUUUAAAUUUUGGCGCGUCAUAAAAAAAUCGAUAUGCAUUAGAAUCGAGAUUGUUGAAUCGCAUGUGUUCCAUCUCUAGCAGCAGAGUAGAUGAAGAAGAAGAAAGCACUAGUGUCGGAUACAAACAAUAAAGAAAUUAAACAAUUUUACAUAAUUUGGCCGUGUUUUUCGGUUUAAAGGGGUGUAAUUAGAGGAAGGGGAAAGAUAUGGCAUUUCUUUGUCCCGUGCGCAUGCGGCGCGACAAGAAGAAAGCUACAAAUGCCAGCAUAGAGAGGGAUUUGCCAGCUGUGGGAGGACUAGGAAUGGGCCGCAUAACUGGUUCCUCGAGCAUUGAAACAUUAGUGCGUGUGGGCAUCGAAAAAGAACACGGUCUAAGUCCCGAUUCCAAGAUGGUAGUGCUGCACGACUUUACACCCUGCGUUGAUGAUGAACUGGAGGUGAAGCGUGGUCAGCUGGUUAAUAUCCUGUACAGAGAAAACGACUGGGUUUAUGUUAUUGGUCAGGACUCGCGACAAGAGGGCUUCAUACCGUUCUCCUACUGCGCUCCCUGCAACACACAGCUGGCGGAUUUAGGUAAAAAAAAACUGCCAAGGGAACAGUGUCCUGAGCAACCGAUCGAUGAAAAUUUACCACUCCUUGGAACGGACAACAAACUGGAUGUACUCUGCGAUGAGACUUUAAAUCCAGGAUCUGCCAACAGUAUGGAAAACAUCCUACUAUUGGAGCCAGAGUGUAGUCCCUUCGUUAAAGAACCCUCCGGGCGUUGCAUUGUGUUAUACACCUUUAUAGCUCGGGACGAGAAUGAUUUAUCCGUGGAACGUGGCGAAUUUGUUACUGUUUUGAAUCGUGACGAUCCCGAUUGGUUUUGGAUCAUGCGCAGCGAUGGCCAGGAAGGCUUUGUGCCGGCCAGUUUUAUCUAUCCUGCGGACAGCGUUCGAGUUUUACAACAACAGAAAGCUACUCUUAAUGCAAUGGAAACCAUUCUGCAGCAGGGCCAACAAGGCCAGCAAACCCAACAGCAACAGCAGCCACUGGGCUUGGGAACGGAUGAUCUGCGCUACCACGGGACGGAGCUGGUAAUGCUGUACGAUUACAAAGCGCAGGCUCCAGACGACUUGUACCUCUCCGUUCGCCGAGGAGAUUGGAUUUACGCCGAUCUUAGCAAUCAGACUGUUGAUGGAUGGCUUUGGGCCUAUGCUCCGAAAACCCGCAAAUACGGCUUCAUUCCGAAAGCCUAUGCCCGUCCACCUGCCAUGACAAGUCUGUAAACCAUUUUUUGACUUCCAUUAUCCUUAUAAUUAUCAGAUCUUUAUGUGAAUCAUUAUCGGCCCCUUUGGGAUUCCAUUUGGGUACUUUAUGCAUUAGAUAUAUUUAUCGUAAGUGUAAUUUCAUUUCAAUGCCAUUUUCGUUGAAUAAUAAAUUGUGCCUUAGGUUUA